AUGGCCAGCAACUCCAGUGCUCUGCCCCGGGUGACCUUCCAGACGCCAGAGAAACCUGGGGAGGAAUCAUCACACAGGAAACUGGGCAAGUUGACCAUAAAGUACAACCGCAAAGACCUACAGCGCUGGCUAGACCUGGAGGAAUGGAUCAAUGCCCAGCUGCAGGAGCUGUACCAAUGCCGGCUAAGGGAGGAAACAGAGGCAGCAGCUCCUGAACCACAAAUUGAUCUUGAAGAUCUCCUGGAGGUCCCUAAUGAAGAACAGAAAUUAAAACUACAGGAAAUCCUCCAUGAAUGCUCCAGCCCCACAGAGGACUUCAUUACGGAAUUGCUUAGUCGAUUGAGAGGUCUCCGGAGAGUCACCAAUCCUCAGAAGAAAUGACCUUGCUCACAUGGAACACCCAGCUUUGGUUACAAGGAAA